AUCGUUGUCAUCGGAACACCUCGAUACUAAUAUUCCGAAGGCUAAGUUGUUAAAUGAUGAAGAUUUGAAUUGUUUUACAGAAGGCAUACAAUAACACGAUGGAUAAUUAAAGGACAGAGCUACACUUCCAUAGGAGGCUAUCUAGCAAAGGGCUUAAAACUUAGACAGGAAGGAUGGCAUCCUUUGUCAGGGGAAAAUGUGGUGUACAAUCCAAAGGAAACCUUUUUUCUGGAACAUGGUCAGAGAGACGAUAUCUCUAUAGUGUUUUGUCAAGAUGUUUUGGAGGAACAAACAAUUCCUUUUAUUCCAAAAAGCAUUCAAAAGGAAAACCAAAAAAUUAUAGAUCAAUACUAGAUCGAAAUUUUGAGUAUAUAGAGCAUGCAUCUCUAACACCGCACAAAGCAGGUCGAACAGAUAUUAUACCAAAGCAUCGUGCUGUGCCCAGUCCAAAACAGAUUUUCAGCUUCCUCGACGAGCGUGUGGUUGGGCAGGAGAGGGCCAAAAAAGUGCUUUCUACUGCCGUUUAUUACCAUUAUAGGAGAAUCCAACACAACCAGCAGCUAAAAGACACACAAAAUCUGCACCAGACUUUUUCAAGUGUGGGACAGCAAUCUACACAACAGUUAGCCAGACAGAAUGCCAAUGUGAAGACUCUGACUACACAUGGAAAUAAAUAUGAUCCACACCAGGAUAUUUUUGCACACACUGAUCAUUUUAACAGACUGAUCCCAAAUCAUUUACAGAAAUUUUUGGAUGCAGAAAAUGCAAAGUCUGUUGAGAAGAAAACUUUUCUGGAAAAGAGUAAUAUUUUACUCCUCGGGCCUACUGGAUCAGGUAAAACUUUGUUGGCUAAUGCAGUGGCAGAGUUUCUUGAUGUGCCGUUUUAUGUCGGUGACUGUACAUCCCUGACGAUAUCAGGGUAUGUGGGUGACGAUGUGGAAUCCUUGUUAUCUGGACUCCUCAGUAACGCUAAUAAUGAUCUGGAUAGGUGUCAGCAAGGGAUAAUUUUCUUGGAUGAAAUAGACAAACUCAAGAAAACAUCAUCCCAUAACUCCGACCGGGACGUUGGCGGGGAGGGGGUACAGCAGAGACUUCUCAAGAUCCUGGAAGGUACAAACGUCAGAGUUCCUGACAAAAGGUCAAUGCCCUCAUCUUACAAGGAGAUAGACACAACUAACAUCCUGUUUGUGGGAUCCGGAGCUUUCACUGGCCUCGACCAAAUCAUUAGAAACAACAGAGAAAAAAAGGUGUACGGAUUUGGACAGCAAGCUGCUGAUCAAACAGAUGCAGACAGUGUAAUAUCUGAGGUGGAACCGAAGGACAUCAUUAAGUUUGGCAUGAUCCCCGAGUUUUGUGGCCGUAUGCCUAUUCUUGUACCAUUUCAUGGACUUUCCACAGAAGUACUUGUCAAAAUCCUAACAGAGCCUAGAAACGCUGUAGCCAAUCAAUUCAUUGCCCAGUUUAAGACAGAAAAUUGUCAGCUUGUGUUCACACCAGAAGCACUUCACACAGUAGCAGAGUCUGCCUUUCAAAAGAAGGUUGGAGCUCGUGGACUGCGGUCUUUGCUGGUAAUUGUUUUAUAUUUGCAUUGCCUUCAAAAUCAACAUGUCAAAAUUGUUUUUCCCAUUGUCGUAUAUUAGCAGUAUACCAAUUUGUUUCCAGAUGAUAUCUUUUAAGGAAUUACCAUAUUUUGAUUAAACUUACAUUACUAACUACCCAAGUCUCACUCUCAAGUUCAAUGCUUGUCCAAUUUGUGCCUAUAAUGAUGAUGCUGCUGCGGCCUGAUUGGCUGAUGGUUUCUGGAUGUGUUUUUGAAAAUUUCAUUAAAUCUCGUCAAAUAUACAUAUAGACUUGUUCCCUAUUUGAUCAGGAUUUUGC